AUGUCAUUGUAUCAUUUUUGCUUAAGAGCACUCAAAACUACAAAGCAACUAACUUUUAGAUAUAAAAAUAUUUCAAUAUGUGAAAAUAAUGAACUGCAGCAAGAAAAUUUAAAUGAAAUCCAAAAUUGGCAACAUGAAUAUCAGGAAUUUGAAAAUAGCAAUAAUUUUAGUAAUACUGAUACUGAUACAGAAUUCUGUUAUAGUAAGCUGAGUAAUAAUAAUUCAACCAAUUUGAACUGA